AUGAAGUUGAACAUCUCCUACCCUGCCAAUGGCAGCCAGAAGCUCAUCGACAUUGAGGAUGAGCGCAAGCUCCGUGUCUUCAUGGAGAAGCGCAUGGGCGCUGAGGUCCCCGGUGACUCUGUCGGCGACGAGUUCAAGGGCUACAUCUUCCGCAUCACCGGCGGUAACGACAAGCAGGGUUUCCCGAUGAAGCAGGGUGUCAUGCACCCUACCCGUGUCCGUCUCCUCCUUUCCGAGGGCCACUCCUGCUACCGCCCCCGCCGCACCGGUGAGCGCAAGCGCAAGUCCGUCCGUGGCUGCAUCGUCGGCAUGGAUCUCUCUGUCCUUGCCCUCUCCAUCGUCAAGCAGGGCGAGAACGACAUCCCCGGCCUCACCGACGUCGUCCACCCCAAGCGCCUCGGCCCCAAGCGCGCCACCAAGAUCCGCAAGUUCUUCGGCCUCACCAAGGAUGACGAUGUCCGCAAGUACGUCAUUCGCCGCGAGGUCCAGCCCAAGGGCGAGGGCAAGAAGCCUUACACCAAGGCUCCUAAAAUCCAGAGACUCGUCACCCCCCAGCGUCUCCAGCACAAGCGUCACCGCCUUGCCCUCAAGCGCCGCCAGGCCGAGAAGGUCAAGGACGAGGCCAACGAAUACGCCCAGAUCCUUGCCAAGCGCGUCGCCGAGCGCAAGAGCGAGAAGGCCGAGCUCCGCAAGCGCCGUGCUUCUUCCAUGCGCAAGUAA